AUGAUGGAUGAGGUAGUUGUAGUUGAUGCGGUGGAGGUAAUUGUGAUGGUGGUUGCCGAUGGUGGUGGUGGUGGUUAUAGUAGAGGUGAAGGUGGUGUUGGUUAUGGUGGAGGUGGAGUGGUAGUGAUAGCCGAUGAUGGUGGUUAUGGUGGAGGUGAGGUGGCUCAUGGUAGUAAAGAUAGUGGCGAUAAAUGGUGGUGGUCAGUGGGCGAUGGUGGUUGUGGAGGUGGUGGAGGAGGUUGUAGUAGAGGAGAAGGUGAAGGUGGUCAACAAUAG